UCGUAUUUAGCUUUUUAAAUCUUCAUUAAGCGAACUUAAUAAUUAAAUAUUGAAAGUGUAACAUAAAAUACAUACACAUGCAUACAUAGAGGCACAUUUACUCAAAUGCGGGUUCAUAUAUCAAAGUUGACAAGUUUUUGGCCUCAAAGUAAAUUAUGUACCAAAAAUAAUUUGAUAAGCAACAACAAACCGUUACAUCGUAAAAUCUUAUUCGAUAAAAUUUCUUCAGUUUCUUAAACGAUUAAUUGCUAUUAAAUUGAAGGCAAUAUAAAAAGUGAUGGAAAGAUUUAUUAAAAUGUUUUAUUUUUACCGCUGGAUUUUGCGUUUUCUUGUCGCGUAAAAGCUUUUGUCUAUGCUUAAUUAGUGUACAAUUUUGAUUUUGGAUGCACACACAUUCGUGAUAUUAAAAAAAAAAAAAGAAUAAUAAUAAUAAAAAACAUGACGACAUGUCUACAGGCAAAACAAAUACAUAUUGCUUGAGUGCAAGUGAAAUCAUAUUGUAAAUGUUUGCCUGAGAAAAAAAAAAAGAUAUAUAAUUUUAAAUAUUUUUUUGUUGCUCUAUUGUUGCUGUUAUUGUCGUUAUCGUUGUUGUUGUUUUUUUUUUUUUUUUUUAAUUCGCAUUGAACAACAAAAUAUUUACAAAUAUAAUAACGAUGGCGGUGUGGAACGAAUGCAGUCACAAACAAGUGUUCGGAAUUGCUAAAUGCAACUUCGAGCAGUCAGAGAAACCGCAUCGUUUAAGUUUGGAUGUUGGUGAUGCAGUGAUAAUCCUAAAGGAAACCACACAUUGGUUUUACGGCUAUCGGCAAAGAAAUAAAGAACAACGCGGCAUAUUUCCCAAAUCGUAUAUACAUCUGUGCGAUUAUAAAAUUGUUAAUGGCAUUUAUUACAUACAACGCACCGAAAUUGUAGAGGAAAUCACCAAAGUGCUACUGGAAUGGGGGACCAUUCUAAAGCAAUAUUUUUUGCUCAGUCAUCCGGAUUUUCAUAGUAUACGCUCAAAAAUGAGCGCUUUAAAUAAUAAUCGAGCUUUGCUGAUAUCCGGUAAUUUGCCAGUAGAUGAGAUGCGUAAAGUAAAAGUGACAGCCACCUCGCAAAUCGAUACCGGUAAUAAUCUUUUGGGUCUUGAUAUGGUGGUGCGUGACGAAAGCGGCGAUAUUUUGGAUACGAAUACGAUCUGCACAACAGAACUCUAUGAACAUCAUAUGAAUGCCGUUAAUCGUAUAAUUAAAGCGAGUCGCCCUCAGUCCUAUCAACGGUCGGCGAAACCCCUCAAUAAAUAUUCGCAUAAUAUAUUGCUGCAUGUAAAUGCUUUUGUAUGCAAAUUUCAAGAGGAUUCGGAUCUUAUAUUUACACUUUUCGAUGGCGAAUGUCAUAGGGCGAUAAGUGAAAAUUACGUAGUGAAAUGGUCACGUAAUGGCAUUGCCCGCGAUAUCGAUCAAUUUGACAAUAAUCGGGUUCUCUUCACCGAUCUAAGCAAGACUGAUGUAAGCAUUUCAAAAAUGUAUUUAGUUUGCUAUGCGGUUCGCAUAGGAGCGAUGGAAAUGAAAGAGAACGAAACGAAACGAGCAAGCAUCACCAAUUCUAUGUUGACGGCGGCCAGUAAGAAACAUUCACAGUUAUCGAUUAGUUCAAGCGGUUCCUUUACCAAUGGGGAAUAUUAUAUGCGGCGACCCUUCGGUGUAGCCUAUAAAGAUCUCACGCCCAUUAUUAAUAAACCUGAAGAUUUCAAAGGUAAUUUGGAUAUGCCGUUUAUACUCUGCGAAAAGGAUAAUCUAGAUGGAGCGUUACGUAAAUUAAUUGCUAAUAAGGACAUUGGAAAAAUUGAUUCGCGUAUGGCUGUCACUGUCGAAGUUCUACAGGGUGAUAUUAAACAAAUUAGAGAAGAUUUCCCACGUUUACUGCAUACGAAUGUGCCCAUUGCUAGAAAAAUGGGUUUUCCCGAAGUCAUUUUACCGGGCGAUGUACGCAACGAUUUAUAUUUAACUUUAUGUUCAGGUGAAUUUUCGCGUUUGACUAAAACUUCGGAAAAAAAUGUCGAAGUUAGUGUGUACGUAUGCAACGAACAAGCUCAAGUGGUACCAGGUGUUAUGAGUAUUGGUGCCGGCUUGGCGCCUAUAGACGAAUACAAAUCCGUUGUUUAUUAUCACGAUGACAAGCCCAGGUGGUUAGAAACGUUUAAGAUUCAUGUGCCCAUAGAUGAUUUCAAACAAUGUCAUUUAAAGUUUAUUUUCAAGCAUCGCAGUUCGAAUGAGCAAAAAGAUAAAAUGGAAAAACCAUUUGCCAUGUCUUACAUUAAAUUGAUGCAAGAUAAUGGUACAACUAUAACGCAAGGUCAACAUACUCUAUCCGUUUAUAAAAUCGAUCAUAAAAAAUUGGAUAAAUCAAAUACUGCCAAUAUAUAUAUGGAAUUGCCUGCCACCGUCGCGGAAUUGCAAGGCAAUAAACCUUCUGUUACUGGUCUCUCAUUACUGCCCAAAGAUAAUUUAAUAAUCGGAGUUAAUCUAUGCAGUACAAAGUUAACUCAAAGUGUAAGUUUAUUGGGCCUGUUAAAUUGGUCGGCUCAUAAGGAGAUUUUGGAAGAGUCGUUAAACGCUUUAUCCAAUGUACCUGGCGAAGAGGUUGUGAAAUUUCUGCAAGACAUUCUCGACGCUUUAUUUAAUAUAUUAGUAGAAAAUGAUAAUCCCGAAAAGUACGAUCAAUUAGUCUUCAUGAGCAUCAUUCAUCUCAUUGAGACAGUAUCCGAUUUGAAAUAUCAACAUUUUCUUACCGUCCUAGAUGUCUACAUCAAUGAGAGUUUCUCGGCUACUUUAGCUUAUCAAAAACUCAUUGAUGUCUUGCAAAAGAACAUUAAAGAUGCCAUUGAACCUCAGGAAAAAUCAGCAGAUGGCAUUGAAAUUGAUGAGCGUAUUGAGGUUAAACGUUUAUACAAAACAACACGUUAUCUACACUAUGUCAUGAAGUUUAUUAUACGUUCUCGUAUAUUAUUUUCAGCAAUUAACGGCAACGAUGAUUAUGAAGAUUUCGCCAAUAAGUUGCAAGAAUUAUUGGAAAUGUUCAUACAAAUGAUAGCAUGCCCAACAGAUUUAUUGAAAUCGGAAGGGGCCUUAUUGAAAAAUUUGCAUAUAAUAGCUACCGAUUUAAUGCAAGUUUUCGAUCCUGUCCGCUUGAGCAUCAUUAUUGUGAACAUUUUGAAACAAUUUCCUCCGAGACGUUUAACUCAAUCGAAAAUGGGUUGCAUUAAAGAUUUUGUGGAUUCGCAGUUAUUUUAUUUACCCGAAUGCCGUGCCAUCCUGCUGCCAGUAUUUUGUAAUCAUAUUAAAGAUCGUUUAGAAAGCAAAGAGGAGGGCGACUCCAAAUCCGAUAUAUGGCAACAAGAAAAAAAUCUUUCGAAAGCAGCUAAAGUUCUUGGACAAUUAAAAUCUCAACUGCAUACACGUGAGACAACCGCUAAACAAAAGGUUAACGAGUGCAUUAACAUCAUGAAUAACAUCUUAAAGUUAUUAUAUCGUAAAGAUAUUGGUCAAACGCAUAACGAUACGCGAGACAUUAUGCUAAUACUCCUGCGUACAGUCAUAAAAACUUCGCAAGCUUUGGAUCGUGAGAAUCAGUUGGUUGGCAAUUUAGUGGCCAUUAUGCUGGGCAUACUGCAACGGAUGGAUUCGCAGCAUUACGAUAUAUUUGUGAAGCAUUUAAACAAUCGUUUUGAGCUGCAAGAUUUCGUUAUCGAAAUAUUGCUUGUGUUUGAGGAAUUGGUGUCGCCGCAUCAGAAGAGUGUCUUUCCACGUGAUUGGAUGGACAUGAUUAUGCAUCAAAAUACAGUGAUAUUGGGCUCAUUGCGACAUCUCUCCGCAGUGAUUAUUGAUCAUUUCUUCGAACCUUUCGAAAAGCAAGUUUGGUCGAAUUUCUUUCAAUGUUCGAUUGCUUUUCUAAUACAAUCACCGCUACAAUUAAAUGAUUUCAAUGACAAUAAACGUCAGAUAGUAUUUGCCCGUUACCGAGAUAUACGCAAAGAUACGGCUGAAGAGAUUCGUAAAAUGUGGUUCCAAUUGGGUGAACAUAAACCCAAAUUUGUACCUCAAUUAGUUGAACAGAUCCUAGAGAUGAGUAUGAUACCCGAAAUGGAAUUACGAAAAGCUACCAUACCUAUAUUUUUCGAUAUGAUGCAAUGCGAAUACUAUAGUUCGAAAAUGAUACACGACAGUUACGGCGAUACGAAACGUAACAAUGCCCAUUACAAGGCAAAUUUUAAUGAUUUCGAAACGGAAAUGAUUGAAAAACUUGAUAUACUGAUAGGUGCUGGCAAGGGAGACGCUCAAUAUAAAGAUCUUUUUGAAUUAAUUAUGAUGGAAAGAUGCAAAGCCCAUAAAAUGCUUAAUGUGGAAGGCACAAAAUUUGUAAAUAUGGUUACUAAGCUAAUGGAACGCUUGCUUGAAUACCGUUGCAUUAUACAGGACGAGAGCAAAGAAAAUCGCAUGGCAUGCACCUUUUCGCUGUUGCGUUUUUAUUCGGAAGUCAAUCGUAAAGAGAUGUACAUACGUUACGUAUACAAAUUAUGUGAUUUGCAUAUGGAAUUUGAUAAUUUCACUGAAGCCGCCUUCACGUUAAAACUGCACACCGAACUAUUGACAUGGAAUGAUACGGAAUUGUCACCGCUGUUACGCUCGCAUCGUCAUAUUCAGUGUCGUACACAUCGCGAAUUAAAAGAGGCUUUAUACGAUGAAAUCAUUGAUUACUUUGACAAGGGUAAGAUGUGGGAGUGCGCUAUCGAUAUGUGUAAAAUUCUGGUCCAAGAGUAUGAAAAUGAAAUUUAUGAUUACAUCAAAUUGGCUGAAUUGCUUAAAAAAAUGGCUUUGUUUUUCGAGAAAAUUCUUAAAGAGUUACGGCAUACUUCUGAAUAUUUUCGAGUGUGUUUUUACGGUUUGGGAUUCCCGAGAUUUUUACAAAACAAAGCUUACAUAUUUCGUGGCAAAGAAUAUGAACGGUUAAGUGAGUUUAGCACACGUAUGUUAGUUCAACAUCCGCAAGCGGAACUUAUGCAUACCUUGGAGAUCCCGGGUGAUGAUAUUACCCAAGGCGAAGCUCAAUAUAUACAAAUAAAUAAAGUAGAACCGAUAAUGGAUGAAGCCUUUACCAAAUUCAAUGAUAAAAUCAUAGCCAAAGAAAUUGUGAAAUACUUUACUAAUAAUAAUGUGCAAAAAUUCAAAUUUUCUCGGCCCUAUCGUGAGUCAAGUUCGGAAGCGGAUGAUGUGCGUAGCUUGUGGUUAGAAAGGACAGUGCUUACGACACAAUUUCCGUUACCGGGUAUUUUAAGAUGGUUCCCGGUAGUGGCUUCAAAUACUUUUAAGAUUUCACCUCUUGAAUUGGCCGUAGAAACUAUGAAAAAUACUAACAAAGAUAUACGUGAUUUGAUUAUUGCCCAUAAGAACGACGACAGCUUACCUUUGAAUCCGUUAAGUAUGAAAAUCAAUGGCAUUGUUGAUCCUGCCGUUAUGGGUGGCCUGAGUAAAUAUGAGGACGCCUUUCUCACUCCGGAAUAUAUGGAAAAUCAUCCCGAGGAUGUUGAAUUAAUAGAAGAACUAAAAGAUUUGAUGGCCUCGCAAAUACCCCUUUUGGAAAUCGCGAUUGCUUUGCAUAAACAAAAAGCUCCAGAGUCUUUACGAUUAUUCCAUGAACGGAUGGAAUCAUGUUUUAUCGAAAUGCAGGCCAACGUUGAAGGAAAAUAUGGUAAAAAGACCUGUGAUUUAAAACUGGACCGUGAUUCCGUGAUAAUGCGUCGGAAUGGUUGCUUUUUACCUAAUAUGUUUGAUAAUAACAAUCGUUUAUCAGAAACGAGCAUGGGAUCGUCAGAUAGCGGCUUGUCAAAAUCUACGUUUUCAACACGACCGCAAACCAGUUCUAUUAAAUCAACUUUUGCCAGUUUUAACUUUAAUACAAGUUUAAAAAUUUAAUGGAAAUUUUUCUUUAUUUUUAAUUUU